AUGGGUGUCCAAACCUCAGCUGAGACUGACACUGUUGAAGUUGUACAAAAAAGAUCAAGUACUGGGAACCUUGCUCGUGAUCCGGAAGCAGAGGAUGAACCUGUCAAGGCAACAGAAGAACUUGAGCAGUUAAAAGGUGCACCGAAUGUUGAGAUACAUCUCUGUGAGAGGAGAAACGAUUUUGAAGGGCCUGUAGGUAUAGACAAUGAUGCAGUUCAUCUCAGUGAGGGAGAGAAAGACGUCGAGAAGUCUAAAGGUUCAGAGGAUGAUGCAGCUUAUCCCAGUAAGGACAGGAAAGACUUCGAGAAAUCUAGAGGUGUAGAGAAUAAUUUAAUUUAUUCCGGUGAGGAAAGAAAAGAUUUUGAGAGGACUGACAAUAAAGAGAAUGAUGCUGUGAAACUCAGAGAAGAAGGGAAAGACUUGGAGAAGUCUAAAGGCACAGGAAAUGAUGCAGGUUAUCACAGAGAAGAAAAGAAAGACUCACAGAAGUCUAAAGUUGUACUUUAUCCCAAAGAGGAGGAGAAAGACAUGGAGAAAUCUCACGGUGCAAAUUAUAAUGUAUUUCAUCCCAGUGAGGAGAAGAGUGGUAUUAUCAGGUCUGAAGGUGCAGAGAGUGAUGCAAUUCUUCCUUGUGAGGAAGAGGCAGUUGUUGAGCAGCCAAAAGAUGAAAAAAAUGAUACAGUUCAUCCCAGGGAAGAGAAGGAAGACGUCGCUGUUCAUUCCAGAGGGGGAGAGGAUGACGCCAAGAAAUCUACAGGUGUGGAGAAUGAUGCAGUUCAUCCUAGUAAGGAGACAAAAGGCAAGUCUAAAGGUGUAGAUGGUGAUGCAGCUCAUCCCUUUGAAGAGAAGAAAGAUCCCGAAAAGCCUAAAGGGGCAGAGAAGGAGCCCAUUCAUCCCAGUGAGGGGAAAAUAGAAGUCCAAAACAGUAAAGGUGUAAAGAAAGAUUCUGUUCAUCCAAGAGAAGGAGAGGUAGUCGUUACGAAAUCUACAGGUGUGAUAAAUGAUGCAGCUCAUCGUAGUGAGGAGAACAAAGACGUCGAAAAGCCUGAAGACGCAGAAAAGGAGGCCAAUCAUCCCAGUGAGGAGAAGAUAGACGUCCAAAACUCUAAAGGUGCAAAGAAAGAAGCGGUUCAUCACAGAGAGGGAGAGAAAGACGUCAAGAAGUCUACAGGUGCGAAGAAUGAUGCUGUGCAUUCCAAAGAGGGGAAGAAAGACGUCAAAAACCCUGAAAAAGCAGGAAAUGUGGAGUACAUGACUGUUGUUUUUCAUGCAUUGCUGACACCAACUUUUAACAUCAGCUUUCAACAGGGAGAUAAAGUCGUCUUGAGAGGGGACUCACCCUUUUCUUGGAAUCCAUCACAGCAAGUCGAGAUACAAGCUGUAAGGGAACUGCAUGGUGGAAACUACUUACUGGAAGGUAAAGUCAAACUAACGCUGCGAGAGGCCUCCCGAACGAUUGCGUAUAAGUACGUUGUUGUACCACACCAAAGACGAACUGCAAAAGACAGGCCUGUUAAGGACCUUUGGGAGUGUCUUAUUGGUUUCAGGACUGUCGUUGCUGGUGAACAUGUCAACCGAUGCCUUCGCAUCCCUGAGAGUUCGAUAAAAGCCAAUGGCACGUGGCAUCAGUAUGAUGAUGCAAUCUUCAGUCAACCUGGAUUUUGGGAAUCGAUUCGCAGCUUCUUCCCUCACAACGAAAACGACCCUGCUGAAGGCCGACGAUUGGCUACGAUAGCUAUGCUCCCAGAAUGGGAGAGAAUUUCUUUGAAUGAAGGAGGGAUGAAUGCACAUGACGCCUUGAGUGAAAUCAACAAUGUAAUCUAUUGCAUGUCAAAAGCUGAGGUCAGGAAUGGGGAUCUCGUUCUUCCUCGAGUUCCAUACGGCUUUUAUAUCAUGGAGGUGGGGUACGCCAACAUAGCGGGUCACCCGGUCAGCCGGUGCGGGGUAACCCACUUCGGUAGGGUGAGUUUUCUCCUUGUGGAAGCUGCGGAGUGGGGUAACCCACCUAACUGGGGUAAUCAAAUCACUGCACCAAAGCCCGCCAAAUCACACGGCAGAACAACAUGGCUGCCAACCGCUACGAGCGUGGCGAGUUAUUUCGACGAUUUCAACUCCAAAACCGCCAAAAACGCCGAUGAAAUUGACAGUGCUGGCGACAAUUUAAGCGUGGAAUCGGAUAGUAAGGCUAAUCAGCGGAAUCAAACUGAAGUUUUGCUUGGAACGACAACAUUGAAGCGAAAAGCAGCUCCAUCAGAACAAACGAAGAAAACAAACGUACUACAGGAAUACUUUCUUCCGCAACUAAACCGGAAUAUUCAAAUACUUCGAGUUCAUAUUAAUGACGAGGAAUCCCACGCUAGAAGAUUGAUUACUUCCGUAAUGAUUGCAUCCCUUGCCAUUCUUCACCAACUAACAUUUCAUGGAGACGAUGAGCUAAAGAAGCUACUGGAGUGUCUUCUUAUAAAUGGCGAGUCAGGAAGGUGCAAAUGCAUUGAGUACGAUGCUCUACUUUCUCACUUUCCUAAAGAUCAGCAAAAACGCACGUUGGCCGACAGCUUGUUGCGGCUUUGCAUGUACGUUAUCGAAUAUCGCCGUGGUAUCUUUCACUGGCUGUUUGCGAUGCCCCUGCUUCAUUUUCUGUCCGACUCUGUUCAGCCAUUCUCCUUUGAGACACUGACUUCAGAACCGAGUUCAGUAAAAGAUACCUCGUGGUGGGGAACACAAGGCUUGGAUUUCCAGAGUGUUCGGCAGCAAGCUGCUUUUUCCAGAAGCCCAGUACAUCUUCUUCAUCAGCUGUCUCCAAUGUUUAAGAUCGAUCCUUUGUUUGCGAGAACGUUUCUGCUGACACUUCCCAUCGGUGAUAUUGCUAAAGUACUACAACGAAAGGUGUUCGCUCUGCACGAAGUCUGUUGGACACUGGCACGAGUUGUAAAAGAAAGAGAUCAUACCUCUGGUUUCCUUGAUGAAGAAUGGAAGUCUCUUGAAGAGUGUAUACAAGAAAUGAACGAUGGCAUCGCAGGUUUUGAUAGCAUGGAACACUCUAACUCCCAGUACGAGACCAUGGCAUCUCUAGCCAAAGCAGCGUUGCAUCUUCUGCGUCAUUUACUUACAGUAGAAGAAUUACUCAGCCGGAAGAGAUUCCAGGUUGUGUCUGGUAUCUUCAAACUACUGGAUCAAAGCCUCUUUUUGGUAAAGAACAGUUUUCCCACCAAUGAAACAUCAAGUAAAGUAAAAGCAAGCAAAGAAAUCUUUCAAGAGGCGUUGAGAUCUCUGCAUGAUUCUUUGGAGACACAUUUCCGUUGGAACUUGCUCCAUAUAUCAGAGAAACGGCGUGAUGAGGAACUUCAGGCUUGGUCGCACUUACUGUCUGUAAACCUUGAAGACUUCGAGUUACACCAAUUUUGGGAACACGGUAUAAGGGAGUCCCUUAAGAGUCGAGUAAACCAGGUUGGCCACAAAGAUUUAAUUGAACUGUUCUGUAAACUGGAUCUGAGCGCCUACCAUCAAGACAUUAGCGAGUGUUUCGAGUCUGCCGCUUUUGAGGCCAUCGACCAUCUCUUGAAGGUAGGAAUAGCGGAGGAACCCAUGACAUCAUUAAGUUUACGCCUGGAGUUGUCCAGUUUAACUCACAAACAAGCUUCUGGUGUGGGCAGACUUUUCUCUCUCUUUUUGAAAAGCUGCUGGCCUAAGGGAGGUGAUGGAAAAGAAAUUUCCGAAGAUAAGAAGUUGCAACACAUUCUUUCUUGGAAGCCAAUGGCUCAGUACUUUAACUACCUUGGUUGUGGAAGUCAGUUAAAAGAAAAGUUGUCCGAUGACGGGUGGGAGAUACUUGUUUCUGCGACCUCACUUGUUGCGCAUGUAGGACUCUGCCUGAGGAAUGGAGAAAUUCGGGUGAAUACAUUACGAACUGUCCACAAGGACCGUGAUAGGUUCUUGGAAUUGCAUUCCUUGCUAUCCAAAGAGGACUCGGCUGUCACUAGAGAUAUCAGUGAAGAUAAGGGGAACCAACAAGAAGCACGUUCUAUGGAGAUAUUUCUUGACAUGCGCAUCGAGGAGAUUGAAGCCUUUGAGAAGGAAAGAGAAGCAGUGUCGACGUUUAUUACAAUGUGUUCUGGUAUCAAGACAGAUGUUGAUUUGCAAGGAAUCAAAGAAAAGCUGGAAAAAGACCUAGCUUCUUGCCAACUGCGUGACAUUUGCCAUAAACGCGGUCCCAGUGAAGAGCCGAUAGUAAGGUUCUUUGAUCUUUCAACGAAGAACGCGAGAAUGAUGAAAUUGCUUCACCUCGUCCAUCCGAGUCGUCUUUUUCGUGACAUGUGGCAACAAUGCAUUCCGAAAGCAGUCGAGUUUUUCGAAGAUGAAGCUGGAUCAAGUGGGACAUUAACGGUCGACAUAGUGCAAGAGCUUUUGUGGACACCUGCUUAUCGGAGAUGGCGAAGCACGUGGGAAAGAAUCCUUGGUGGAGAAAUCAGUCUUCAAGAAUUGGAUAAACUAUUCGACAGGUUUAGAAACGAUCCCAAAACUUUGGAAAUCGAAAUUGGAGCAAUGUUGAUUUGCAAGGAAUCAAAGAAAAGCUGGAAAAAGACCUAG